AUGAGCUUUCUGGUCACAGAAGGAAUUAGACUCACUCUAUCAGUUCUUUGUCCCUUAUUGUAAAGUCUGAUUGCUAAUGGGAUUUUUUUUUUUUGAUGGCUGUCUUUACUGCUUGCAGCCACUGAUAUAGUAGAAUGCACAGAAAGAACUUCACGGAAGUGACAGAAUUCAUCUUCCUGGGAUUCUCUAGCUCUGGAAAGCACCAGAUCACCCUCUUUGUGGUUUUCCUAAUCAUCUAUAUUUUAACCCUGGCUAGUAACAUCAUCAUUGUGACUGUUAUCUGCACUGACCACCAUCUCCACACUCCCAUGUACUUCUACCUGAGCAUGCUGGCCAGUUCAGAGACUGUGUACACACUGGCCAUUGUCCCACGAAUGCUUUCCAGUCUCAUUUUUCAUAAACAGCCCAUCUCCCUGGCAGGCUGUGCAACUCAGAUGUUCUUUUUUGUCAUCAUGGCCACUAACAAUUGCUUCCUGCUCACAGCAAUGGGCUAUGAUCGCUAUGUGGCCAUCUGCAAACCCCUGAGGUACACGGUCAUCAUGAGCAAAGGAAUGUGUGCUCAGUUGGUAUGUGGGUCCUUUGGCACUGGUCUGGUUAUGGCACUUCUCCAUGUGACAGCCAUGUUCAAUUUGCCCUUCUGUGGCACAGUGGUGGAACACUUUUUUUGUGACAUUUACCCUGUCAUGAAACUUUCUUGCAUUGAUACCACUGUCAAUGAGAUAAUCAAUUAUAGUGUCAGUUCAUUUGUGAUUUUCAUUCCCGUGUGCUUGAACUUUAUCUCCUAUGUUCUCAUUAUCUCCUCCAUCCUCAAGAUUGCCUCAGCUGAAGGUAGGAAGAAGGUCUUUACCACCUGUGCCUCCCACCUCACCGUGGUCAUUGUCCACUAUGGCUGUGCUUCCAUUGCCUACCUCAAGCCCAAGUCAGAAAACUCUGUAGAAAAAGACCUUCUUCUCUCUGUGACUUACAUCAUCAUCACUCCCCUGCUGAACCCUGUCAUUUACACUCUGAGGAACAAGGAGGUCACGGAUGCCCUACGGAGAGCUGUGGGCAAAAACGUCCCUUACCACAUUGAAUCAUUUUUUUCAGGAGACCUUUAG